CGGAUGUGAUAGGCCAUGUGCAGUCCUGUCUCUCAGUUACACCACACUGCUGUCCUCUCGGUCAGUCAUUAAUCGAUCAUUCCGUCUUGCAGACCUUGUAGCAGCUACUUUACCUUACAAAGAUGUUUCGUUUACCAACAGUCAUGAAGCAGGUGAGGCCUGUGUGCAGGGCGCUGGCUCCUCACCUUACGCGAGCCUAUGCCAAGGAUGUGAAGUUCGGAGCUGAUGCUCGUGCCCUCAUGCUGCAGGGGGUGGACCUGCUGGCUGAUGCUGUGGCUGUCACCAUGGGCCCAAAGGGUCGUACUGUCAUCAUUGAGCAGAGCUGGGGAAGCCCUAAGGUCACCAAGGAUGGUGUGACUGUGGCCAAGAGCAUCGAGCUGAAGGACAAGUACAAGAACAUCGGCGCCAAGUUGGUGCAGGAUGUGGCCAACAACACAAACGAGGAGGCCGGGGACGGCACUACCACCGCCACAGUGUUGGCCCGUGCUAUUGCCAAGGAGGGCUUCGACACCAUCAGUAAAGGCGCCAACCCUGUGGAGAUCCGCCGUGGAGUCAUGAUGGCUGUAGAAACCGUCAUCAAUGAGCUGAAAAGGCUCUCCAAACCGGUCACAACCCCUGAGGAGAUCGCACAGGUUGCUACAAUCUCAGCCAAUGGAGACGUGGAGAUCGGUACCAUCAUAUCCAAUGCCAUGAAGAAAGUUGGCCGCAAGGGAGUCAUUACUGUCAAGGAUGGGAAGACUCUGCACGAUGAGCUGGAGAUCAUUGAGGGUUUGAAGUUCGACCGCGGCUACAUCUCCCCUUACUUCAUCAACACUUCCAAAGGCCAGAAGUGUGAGUUCCAGGACGCCUACCUGCUGCUCAGUGAGAAGAAGAUCUCCAGUGUCCAGAGCAUCGUGCCAGCGUUGGAGAUUGCCAACCAGCACCGCAAACCGCUGGUGAUUAUAGCUGAGGAUGUGGAUGGAGAGGCCCUCAGCACCUUGGUUCUCAACAGGCUCAAGGUUGGGCUUCAGGUGGUAGCUGUUAAAGCCCCCGGCUUUGGAGACAACAGGAAGAAUCAGCUGAGGGAUAUGGCAGUCGCCACCGGAGGCACUGUGUUUGGAGAUGACGCUGUGGGCCUAGCGCUCGAGGACAUCCAGGCUCACGACUUUGGAAAGGUUGGCGAGGUGCAGAUUACCAAAGACGACACCUUGCUGCUGAAGGGAGGCGGCAGCCCGGCUGAAGUGGAGAAGCGGGCAGCAGAGAUCGUGGAGCAGCUGGAGAACACCACCAGUGACUACGAGAAGGAGAAACUCAAUGAGAGGCUGGCCAAGCUGUCUGAUGGAGUGGCUGUACUCAAGAUCGGGGGAACAAGUGAUGUGGAAGUGAAUGAGAAAAAGGACCGUGUGACAGAUGCUCUGAACGCCACACGGGCAGCUGUGGAAGAGGGUAUCGUACCAGGUGGAGGCUGCGCUCUCCUGCGCUGCAUCCCAGUGCUUGAUACCAUCGAAGCCAUCAAUGCUGACCAGAAGAUCGGCGUGGACAUCAUCAGGCGGGCGCUCCGUAUUCCAGCCAUGACCAUCGCCAAGAACGCAGGUGUGGAGGGAUCGCUGGUGGUGGAGAAGAUCCUGCAGGGAUCGGCUGAGCUCGGUUAUGAUGCCAUGCGAGGAGAGUACGUCAACAUGGUGGAGAAGGGCAUCAUCGACCCCACCAAGGUGGUGAGGACGGCCCUGUUGGAUGCCGCAGGAGUAGCAUCUCUGCUGUCCACUGCUGAGGCCGUAGUCACAGAGAUGCCCAAGGAGGAGAAGGAGAUGCCAGGAGGCGGCAUGGGCGGAAUGGGAGGCAUGGGCGGUAUGGGCGGCGGCAUGGGUUUCUAAGCCAGCCCUGCUGACUCGCUGUACAGACUAAUAGGCAGAGUGGUGCUGAGGGUGGCUGAGGAACAAGACCCUGCACCCACCUCCACCACACUUUGCCCAGACUGACCGGCCAUGAGUAUGUUGGAGCUGCUCUCUGUGUCUGGAUUUUUGGAGAAGCCAGCCUCGCCUGACUCUGUGCCCCUCUGCCCCAUUUCACCCCAGUAUGGGAGUCCAUCAAGCCACCAGAAUCCUCUGCUCCAUUCUCAUGGCUCUGUUCAAUCAACAAACAUCUGCACAAAACUCAUGUGAAACACUCAACAGAAGAAUUAUACAGAUUAACAUACAGAUUAACAUACAGAUUUGAUCUCUGUAAGAGGUAGUAAAGUGGUCUAAGAAGAAAGUAACCUAGAUAGACAUACAUGUUGAUGAUGCUCUGUAUUACCGCAAAGAGAGCAGGGCCUCAGCGAGAGCCAGGAUUGUGUCACUGUUCUUUUCUGUCAUAGUAUUUUGUUAAUUGUUUUUUUUUAUAUAUAUGUCAUGUUUUGUUCCCUAGCUAAUAUCACGUGGGCUAAAAUCUGUCAUUUGAUUUAAUUAAACCAAUUUUCUUACAGAGCUUUGAGCAUUUUCUGUGACUUUUGUAUGUCUGGUGAUGCCGCUUGCUCUCCUUGUACGUAACGACCAUAAUUGGAUGAAGAGUGCCUAAAUGACCAGAGGAUCACCAGGGAGCCUGUUUUUAAAACCAUGUAAAAGUUCAAUAAUGUUUACUGAGGAGUCUGGCGCUUUCACAUCUAAGAGGAGUCAUUUUCAUGCCUGCAGCGUUAUGUCUAACCUUCAGCCUUUAGGUCAUCAGCUGAAUAUUGAUUUCACAGUAUAUAUGGCUGAUUGUUAUGGGAGAGGGGAGGAGUCUCGACAGGGGGUGUUACUCGAGUUACAAACCAGUUUUGGACCUUGUGCGGUUGAACGUAGACUUUAAUUUGUGUGAGACAGCUCGCACGUCUCCCCUCAUACACUGCUUUAACUGCAACAAAAUUACAUACAGUUGUAUUCAUAAAAAUAAAAAACACACAGAUGGUGUUUCUUCUCCACGGGA